UUAUUUCUAUCUCUCAAGUUUCUAUACUAUAACUACAAUUUUUUUUUAUUCAACGCUCUCUAAAGAGUCUGCAAACAUUUUCUCGUAUUGUACACAUCUUCUCUCUUGAAUAAAUCUCGCAUGGAAGGAGCAAAAUUACCUUUGCAACCUCCAACUUAUGGUGAUCUAAUCACUAUUCUUAGCAUUGAUGGAGGUGGAAUAAGAGGGAUUAUCCCAGGAACAAUCCUGAACUUUUUGGAGUCUGAGCUUCAGAAAUUAGAUGGUGAGGAUGCAAGAAUUGCAGACUACUUUGAUGUGAUUGCAGGAACAAGCACAGGAGGUCUUGUGACAGCCAUGUUGACUGCCCCAAAUGAAAAGAAUAGGCCCAUGUAUGCUGCAAAAGACAUCAAGGCCUUCUAUCUUGAUCAAUGCCCUAAAAUCUUCCCGCAGGAGAGCUAUCCAUUUGCUAAUGCUACAAAAGUAAUAAGAGCCAUAUCAGGACCCAAAUAUGAUGGCCAGUAUCUUCAUCAUCUUCUUAAAGAGAAGCUCGGAAAUAGGAGGUUGCACCAGACACUGACUAAUAUUGUAGUUCCAACUUUUGACAUCAAGCGACUCCAACCAACCAUCUUCUCCACCUAUGAGGUGAAGAAAAAUCCAAGUCUAGAUGCCUUACUCUCAGAUAUAUGCAUUGCAACAUCAGCUGCACCAACUUAUCUUCCAGCACAUUAUUUUGAAACAAAGGACUUUUUAGGGAAAGCGAGGCAAUUUAAUCUUAUUGAUGGUGGAGUAGCAGCUAAUAAUCCGACACUAGUUGCAAUUGCUGAAGUGACAAAGGAGAUUAAUCGGGGGAAUUGUGAUUUUUUCCCGAUAAAGCCAACAGAAUAUGGCAGAUUUCUUGUUUUAUCACUUGGAACUGGUACAUCAAAAGCCGAUGACAAAUACAAAGCAGAUGAAGCAGCUAAGUGGGGUGUUUUGGGGUGGUUAAGUAACGAUGGUUCCACUCCACUAGUGGAUGUAUUCACACAAGCAAGUGGUGAUAUGGUGGAUUUUCACAUCUCUACAGUUUUUCAAGCCCUUCAUUCUGAAAAUAAUUAUCUCCGAAUUCAGGAUGACACAUUAAGCGGGCAACUAUCAUCGGUUGAUGUUGCAACAAAGGAGAACUUGGAAAAUCUUGUGAAAGUUGGUGAGGGAUUGCUAAAAAAGCCAGUUUCAAGGGUAAAUUUACAGACUGGUUUAAAUGAACCUUCUAAUCAAGGCACUAAUGAGGAGGCUCUCAUAAGGUUGGCUAAAAUACUCUCCAAGGAAAAGCGGCUUCGCCAUGCCAAAUCACCUCGAGGAUGUAUUGCAAAGUCCAACGGGUGUUCUUAAAGAUUGAAUUUCAUUUUAUAUUAUAAAUGUUUAAUCAGACUUUGUGUUAUUUAUGGGUGGACAACUCAUUAUAUAUUGGUGUGGAAAUUCAUCAAUAGUUAGGCGCUAGUAUGAAUAAAUCACAGGUGUGACAGUCAAAGUUAAUGUAAAUCAGUCCAAUAUUGUUUUUUUUUUUAUAUAUAUUAUCAAUA